ACUGCCGUGUCAAACAACCGUUGAAUUUCACGUCUCCUGUACUUUUUAAAGAAGUUUCUGCUACCUGUAAUUAGUAAAAUUAAUCAGAAAAGAGUGGUCCACGUAGCUUUUGUGUCGGUGUAUCCCGUGAAAAUGAUGUGGCGUGCGCUCAAACCGUUGGGAUUGUUUUACGUCUUCCUGUUGUUUCUUUCUGUGUCACCCAACGACGCUGAAAUAGUGUACAAAGCUACAGGUGAAGAUGUUGUCCUCAGUUUACCCCUGGUGGAGUCUCCUAUCCAGAGGGUACAGUGGAAACACAAUGGUGAUAUUGCUGCAGAGAUGGAUGGAAAUGAAGGUCACUGCCUUCUCCAGUUUAAAGGUCGUUGUGAGGUGAACACUGAUACUGGAGCGCUGACCAUCAAAGGACUGACAGUUGGCGACAGCGGCAUCUACACACCAGAGAUUAACGGCGAAGACUUCAGCAAGAUUGAACUCUCUGUUAUCUCUCGUGUAGCUAAACCCUCUGUCAUCAAAUCCUGCAGCCCUGAGAUGACCUACUGUAACCUGACCUGUGAAGGCAACACUGCAGAUGCUGAACCAGUCACUUAUACGUGGUUAGUAGAUGAUGUGGAGGGACCUUCAGGCCAGAAGUUCCUUCUAACAGAGUUUUUUACAGAGCACAGUUAUAGAUGUUUGAUGAUGAACCCAGUCAGCAAUGAAACCAGUGAAAGCGUCACAAACCCCGUCCUCAUUAUAUGCAAGUUCCCCUUCAUUGAGCGAGGACGGGACUGGCUGAUACCCAUCCUUGUACCAGUAGGAAUUGUUUUGGUAGUAGUCAUCGUGGUUGCUGCAUUUUUCAUCAACAAACACAUCAGGGGAAAAAAGCAAAGACCACAAUACAGUACACUGGAAAAGGAUACAGAAUGGGAGAAAGAAAACGAAAAGGUGUGAAAUGGAAGAACCAGACUGUAAAGUUGUUCCAGGACAUUUCCUAUGACCCAAAAUCUCAGCAAAGGCGCAGGUGUGUAAAACAUGAUUAAACCAAAUUUUGCUUGAAGAAACACAAGAUUUUGUGCCCUACAAAGAGGACCAGCGCUCAGUGAGGAAAUCCCUAAUCCAUUACUAUUCAAGUCUACGUGCAGAUGGAUGGGUAGCAAGAAACCAGGACUUCACCAAGGUUGUCAAGUGGGAACCCUCCUUUGUCUGUUUUGUUCAGUUUAUCCAACGGCGCCUCCAGAGGGCUGAACAGUGAAAACAUGUUUAAAACAGUGACAGAGGAAAUGCACUAUUUAUUUCUGAUGUCAUUUAACCACUUCAUACCACUCUGACUCGUUUUGUCAGCUUUUGAAAACUUUCUGAUGACAGUUUGAGUGAAUACAUUUUCUUUUUUUGCUGUCAAAGAAAUAGAAGUCAAAUAGAACACUUUAGCUGUCUUGCAUUUGCUUCUCUCAGGGUCCCAUUUUAAUUAUGUGUAAAGAUGUUUCUGACCAUUACCCACAACCGCAACAGGUGUGUCAAACCCCCCCCUCACCUGGUAGAGAUUCUGACAAUCCAUGUUAAAUAUUCAGAAUAACAGACGGUGCGUUUAAGUAAGGGCAUGGUAAUAUUAAUUCACUGAAGCACCACCAUGAUAAAGUUUCCUCCCUCCUUAAAACUGCAACACUAAUCUAUAUUGAACUUUGACUGUGCUGUUACAAACCUAACAUUAGACGCUGAAUGCUAUAAGACCAAUUUGCACUGAAAGGGUUGUUUUUCCCCAAAAAACACUGCAUAAUGGCUCAGAAUUUCAGCGGGCUGGUGUAUAUUGGUGGUUAUUGCCAUACAACUUAAGGGGACUAUUAAAGCUGUGAGUGAACAUCGUCUCCUCUUCAGCAUUGUGGUGGAGUGAUGGUGCGUUCCAUUUAAUCUCUGAACUCUCCACCAGUAAGAUACGUAAUUAAAAACACGCCCUGAACUCGAAAUUUCGGAAAUCGACUUGGAACAUUCCACUUUGGUGUGACGUCAUGUGUACAUAAUUUUUUUUAUAGUUUCCAGUAGUUUUGAGCCAGCACCCCUGAGAAGUUUUCUUUUUGGGAGUGAGGACAAUUGAAGCAACGAUGUGGUGUUCAAAUCACAACAGACACACAGACAUGCUGCCAAUUAUAGUAAUAAGAUAUCAUUAAACAGCGGUAUAAACCUUUUCCCCUUCAAAAAUCAGACUGCUUGUUUGACAGUAGCACAGCGUAUACUCUGGAUUUUACGGUAACAUUUUUAUUCUGUUUCUGUUUUUUUGCACUAAAGCCAGAAAUUUAAGUCACUUUUUAAACCCAGUGCGUAUUAGAUUUUUUUUAUAUCUAACUGCAACAAAAAAAAAAAAAAAAAUCUGCAAUUUCAUGAAUAAUUACAUUUAACAUUUCUUUGUGUUUUCUGAAGUUUCUUCUUGCAGGUUUUUUGUGCAAUGAUUUUUUUCUAUAUGUGAUACUGUAAACAUUUUAACCUGCUUAUUUGCCAAAGAGCUUCAACUAAUGGUUUAAAAAAGACCUUUGCUGUACCUUAAUGGAGGACAGAAAUAUUUUGUAAAAAAGAAUACUUACUGAAGUUACUGAAAAUUGUUAAAAAUGUGUCAUAAUUGAAAGAAAGGUCACAUUACAUGUUGAUAAAGCUUCAUAAAAAAGAAAAAAAAAGAAAUUUCUCCUUUAAAAGGUGCAUUUUAAACCUUCUGAUGUUCCUCGUGUGGCCUCUAGGGGGCCUCAUACAACUGCUGUGUGUAAAUGUUUGAUCACGUGAUGGACUAAAAGAAAGCUGGUAAAGUGAGAUGUUUUCUCCUCAGAUUAUCUGAGUUUUUAUAUUAUCAGUUUUAAGUGCAAUUUCAUUGAAGUUAGAAUAGAAAAAGUGAAAAAGAAGACGAUUAUUAUUGUUGUUUUUAAAAGUUUUUUUGACAUAAUUUUUUAUUUUUAACUU